ACCUUUAUAGUGGUUCGUCGUAACCACUACCACGAAACUCUAAGCGAACCCUUAUAAUUUUACUGUGACAAACCCUUAAAUCCGAGAGUUCCCUCACUAACGUCAAUUGGAAGAUGGCCAAUUCCAUUGGUGAUGCGCAGAGUAACAGAGCAGCUGUGCAAGCCACAAACGACGACGCUUCUGCCAGUAAACUCUCUUGCGUCAAGAAGGGAUACAUGAAAGAUGAUUAUAUUCAUUUAUUUGUAAGAAGACCUGUGAAGAGAUCUCCAAUAAUUAACCGUGGCUAUUUUGCACGUUGGGCUGCAUUUAGAAAGCUUCUUUAUCAGUUUCUUGAUUGUGAAAGAAACGUGAAGAAACAGAUUUUAUCACUUGGGGCUGGCUUUGAUACAACAUAUUUUCAGUUACAGGAUGAAGGAAAAGCGCCCCAUUUAUAUGUGGAGCUGGAUUUCAAAGAGGUAACUAGUAAAAAGGCAGCCCUUAUUGAAACCUGCAGUCGGUUGAGGGACAAAGUUGGUGCAACGGCAUCAAUAUCACAGGAGAAAGGAGAAGUGCUUAGUGACCAUUACAAGCUACUCCCUGUAGAUUUGCGUGAUAUACAAAAGUUAGAUGAUGUCAUAACUUUGGCUAAUAUGGAUCUGAGCCUGCCGACAUUUAUAAUUGCAGAAUGCGUUUUAAUAUACUUGGAUCCUGAUCCAAGCCGUGCUAUUGUUGGUUGGGCUGCAAAAACUUUUUCAACAGCAGUGUUUUUCUUAUAUGAGCAGAUCCUCCCAGAUGAUGCUUUUGGGCAGCAAAUGAUCAGAAAUUUGGCGAGUCGUGGUUGUGCACUUCUUGGAAUUUUUGCUACACCAACAUUACUUGCAAAAGAGAAACUAUUUACUGAUCAGGGAUGGCAGAAAGCUGUUGCCUGGGACAUGCUGAGAGUUUAUAGCAAUUUUAUUGACGCUCAAGAGAGACGCAGGAUUGAACGGCUAGAAUUGUUUGAUGAAUUUGAAGAGUGGCACAUGAUGCAGGAGCAUUACUGUGUUGCUUAUGCAAUCAAUGAUGCCAUGGGGUUGCUUGGGAAUUUUGGUUUUCCCAAUGACGAAGUCCUUGUUCUCAACUCCCCAUCAGCAGCAUCGACAUGAAAGCCUGAGGCAACUCUACACCAGAACUGUACUGCCAAGUCUUGUUAAACAUUUAAUAGUAGAGAAGCUCGUAUGACUGACACAGGCCAGUUUAUCGGGCAGGGGCUUGUCAGGUAAAAAAGGGUCACCCCAGCUAGUAGUUAGUCUUUAACUGAAAGUCUCCCAAAGGAUUGAUGACUUGUGUCGAUGCGUCUCAGUUUAUUGUUUGUUUGACUCCAGAGAACAACAGAUCCUUUUUUUUUUUCUGCUAGCUGUUUGGCAAAGAAAACGUGGUGGGACCCCCACAGCACCUAAAGUGUGUCAUUCCUUAGCUUUGUGGGGUCUCUGUCAUGUGGAAAUAUAUGUACAUGGUUGGUUGCUUUUUAAUGAAUUCUCUCUAUUUUCUUUAA